AUGGACAGACAGAACCCGCCCAGACUCGUGGACCUGGCCAGCCAGAGCCUUUUAGAGGAUGAAGCCGCUGCCAUGGCCGCUCUGCAGUCACUUCCCAGGGAAUGCUUUCCGCCCCUGUUCGUGUUGGCUGUUGCGAGGAGACGCUGCAGGAUGGUCCAGGCGAUGGUGGAGGCCUGGCCGUUCCCCUACCUCCCCCUGGGGGCUCUGCUGGAAGCUCCCCAGUGUGAUCAGGAGAUCUUGAAGGCAGCCCUCAGUGGCAUCGAUGCGCUGCUUGCCCGUGACUUUCGACCUACACGUUGGAAACUCCAAGUGCUGGACCUCAGAAGCGACGCUGAGACCAACUUCUGGCACAAGUGGGCUGGGCUGGGGGAUGGGAUCUCAGCGAGCCCCUUACGGGAGAGUGGGGCUUCGCAGCCCAACCCAGAGAGGCACAGAGUGGGCCCCUCCAGCACAUGGGAGAAGCAGAAGUUCGCCUCCACGGAGGUGCUGGUCCUUUUCUCGGACCUGUGCUUCAUGGAGCCCUCUCCAGAUGAACUGCUCACUUUCCUUGUGAAGAGGGUCAUGCAGAACAAACUUAUCCCCCGACUGUGCUGUAGGAAACUGGAAAUUCUUCAUAAGCCUCUGGAAAACGCUAUUAUGCAUAGGAUCUUGGAAAAGGUCGAGCUGGCUCGUGUGGAGCAGUUAGAAGUGAACUGUGAGUGGAAUUUGGUUGACCUGGCCUGGUUUGUUCCUUUUCUGGGUCAGAUGAUUCAUCUGAAUAGACUGUUACUCAGUGAUGUCCAGGUUCACGCCUGCUCGAUAUCCUCAGGAACGGUAAACAGGCUUUGGGACAAAUUCACCACCCAGUUGUCUAAACUGCAACAACUUCAGCAUCUCCACCUCGACUCCGUGCACUUUCUGGCAGGUCGCCUACCCCAGAUGUUCAACUCUCCGCGCCCAGCUCCUUGCGCCCAGCUUCCCACGCCCCGCUCCCCACGCUGGCAGCUCCCCGAGCCCAGCUCCCCACGCCCAGAAACCCUGCACUGGAAGCUCCCCACGCUGGCAGCUCCCCACGCCCAGGCUCCCCGCGCCCAGCUCCCCACGCCCAGCUCACUGCACCCAGCUCCCCACGCCCAGCUGCCCACGCUGGCAGCUCCCCACGCCCAGAAACCCUGCACUGGAAGCUCUCCACGCCCAGCUCCCCGUGCUGGCAGCUCUCUGCACCCAGCACCCCACACCCAGCUCCCCCGCACCCAGCUCUCCAUGCUGGCAGUUCCCUGCGCCCAGCUCCCUGUGUUGAGUCUCAGGUGA